AUGUCUAUCGAGCUCGUUUCCAGGCUUUCCACCAACGUCACUGCGCUUGAAGCGUCGGCUCGCGAACUCCGUAACAGUCUUACCAACGCCGACGCCAGUGUCCUGCACGUCGACCUGUACACCCCGCAAGAUUUUCUCCAGCGAUUCACAUCCUAUUAUGAGGACUAUCGUGGGAUCGUAUCUCGAUCGGAAUCGUUCUCCACUAAGCUCGCGGCGACCAUCAAAGUCUACAUCGCGCAGCAGGCCAACUUGAAGGAUCCCGAAGAGACGGAGGACACGAUCGAUGACCUGCAAGCUCUGCAGACCGCGAUCAAGUCCAUGGACUUCGAUCUUUCACCAUCGUUCUCCACGCUUGUCGAGAGUUACCGGCAGCUCUUCGAGGAGAUGGAAGUCGCGCUCACCACCCCGAACUCCGAUGAUGCUCCAGAAGUCGCCGAGUCCCAGGCCGAUUCUGAAAUCCCGAAUAUACAACCAGUCCAACCGCGUAUUGCUUGCAUUCCUAUCCCCGGCCAUUCAACGAAGACCGCGAAGGCGUCCGCUGGCCACGCGCAACCCACCGUACGCUCUAAGCCCUCCAAGAGCAAGAUGGACGCCCUCCCUCCCCUGCCGUCCGAGGGGGAGGCGCCUGUCUCUCAGCGCAGGCCCUUUGGGCCACUCAACACCGGCUCCGAACCCAAUGUGCCCCCCAGAGGCCCGGAUCCUCAGCUGCCGAAGACCCAUUCAGGGACGCCGCUGAGCCCUGCUGCGAAACCAGCCCACGAGGCGCCGCCGCCAAUCGACCAGGACAAGUACACGCGUGCGCGCGCGAGCGUUGACGGUCUCCCCGCGCUCCUCGAGCUCGUCCAGGCCGCGUCGACGCGGGACACUGAGCGGGUGAAGGCGAUGUUCUCUGACGUCGCGAACGCACUGGCGAAGGAGAUCGACGACUGCCUCGAGGCGCUGGAUGCGAUCAAGAAGGACCCAUCCACGGACAACCAGCGCAGCGUAGCCAUCAUGGACCACACCCUGGCCACGUCGGUGGUGCAUUGGAAGGAGGUGAUCGCGCAGCUGGACAAGUUCGCAAGGAGCGCAAAAUGA